UGUAAUAUGUCACUGUCAGUCAGCUGGACAUGGAAUCAAUUUCAUGUAAAAUAAUCAAAAACAAAAAGAAUAAUAUUUCUGUUUUCUUGCGUUUUACGGUUAUUUAAUCCACAAAUAUAUUUGUAUUAUUUGUAGCAUGUGGUGUAAAGUGUCUGCAUAAUCAUUUCUUAAGAGCUCCGCAAAUGUAAUAGCGAACGCAGCCUUGCCUUUAAAUGUGCACUUUGUAGAGGUGCAUUAUAUUUUUACUCAGCACAAAGUACCUAUUUACCGGGUCAUUAGAUUAUCUAACACCUAUUGCAGAUAUGGAUGCCAGAAAUGCUAAGUUAGCUUUAGCUAGGAAAAAGUUAAAAGAACACCAAGAUAAAAAAACUCAUGUAACAGAAAAUGCUGAGAUUCAUCAAGUUGAUAAUGGAAACAGUUAUCAAGCUGUAGACAAAGUUGCUUCUUCCGAUCCGGGUCUUUCAACAAAUAAUAAUGAGGUUGCAGUUGUUAACUUGCCAGAUUUCCUUCAUCAUAAUGAACCUCAAAUGAUAAAAGAAUCUGAUUUGAAAACAACUGAGUUACUUAUAUCCAACAAAAUUAAACUUGAGAAUGAAAUAUCUGAUCUUCAACAAAAAAUGCACACAUUACAAAAUAACUAUGAUCAAGCAUUGAUCUACAACAAUAACAUCAAGCAACAAUACAUAUUUAUAGAAUCUGAACUUAAUUCUUUAAAAGAAAAGUAUUUAAAUGCAGUUGACCAACUUCAGUUGAAAGAUAAGAUUAUUGAUGAAUUAAAAACCUCAAUGUCCUCUUUAACUGAGGAUAAAAGUAGCCUCACGGAGCGACUAGAAUUUUCUAAUACUCUUUUGUCUUCAAAAGAAUCUGAGAAUUCAUUCCUCAAUAAUGAGAUAGUGAGUCUCCAUCAACAACUGGAGGCUGCUGAGAUACGCCUGCAACAGUUAUCAAAUGGAAGUGUUGCUGAAAAUAGUGAAAAAAUUACUACUGACAAGAACCAGAAAGAGACUCUUCUAUUCAAAAUAAAAGAGCUGGAACAGCAACUGAAAUCAGUGCAAAAAGAACGCGAUCAAAUUAAUUCCCAUUAUGAACAUUAUGUGUCUGGCUUAAAUGAAGAGCUAAAAUUAGCAUUAAAAAAGAUUGAUGAACUAUCAAUUGAAACACAUGAAUUAAAAAACCGAGAAUAUAAUUUAAUUGACCAAAUUAGCAGCAUGGAAAUUCAGUUGCAGAGCUUUCGCAAUAGUAAUAAACCCAUACCUAAUGAAUUAAUUAAUCAUGUUGAUGUCACUGAGCUGCAGGAUAAUUACAAUUCUUUAUUGGUGAAAUAUGAGAACAUGCAAAAGGACUAUAAUAAUAUAAUGGAACAAUUGAAAUUGACAGAAAGUAAAAUCCAAGAGAUGGAAACCAACAAAAUUGAACCAGAUCAUGAAAAGGAUAACAUUUGUAUUUCUAAAUUACAAGCUGAUAUAACCAAUGAUAAAAUAGCUGCUCAGAGAGCCACAGAGCAAAAUAAGAAACUUAAAAUGGGCUUACAAGAGCUUGAGGAUGCAUUUGUGAAAAUGAGUAAAGAUAAGCUUGAGCUAACAGAAAAGUUGGAUGCAGAAAAGUUUUUAAACAGAGAGUUAACUAUAAAAUUGGCAGACAAUGUUGAAAUAGCCAAAGAAUUACAGAUAAAAUUGAAAGCCAAAGAUGACGAAAUGAUUAGACUACAGGCUAACUGUAGGGAAAUUGAAAAACAAAUUGUUCAGAUGAAACAUUCAGAUUCGGUGUGUGGAGACCAUGAACAUACUGAAUCAGAAACAAACCAUGCGGAAACUGUACAAGUAGAUGCAGAUUUGGUUUCACUAAACGAAACAUGCUCAUCUCAAGAUCACCACCACUGUAACAUACCUACCAUGGAGCAUUUGUCACAUACACACAAUUCUGAAUUAAUUCCAAAAGAAGAAGCCAUGAUGAAACUUCAAGGUCGGUUUCUGAAAAUAAUGGAAGAAGUUGCUGAUUUAUCGGACGAGAAGCAUCAGCUGGAGCACAUCAUCCUGCAGCUGCAGAACGAGACGGACACGAUCUGCGAGUACGUGGCGCUGUACCAGCAGCAGCGCAGCCUGCUCAAGCUGCGGGACGAGGAGAGAAAUGCACAGCUGAAAAUAUUCCAGUCUGAAUGUGAAAAAAUGAGGAAUCAGUUAAAAGAAUUGAAUGAUAUAAUAAUAAAAGUAAUAAACGACAAAGAUUUAGCGGUUCACCUCCAGAACGAGUCAAGGCAAACGGACAUCGCUAACGCUCUCAAUAUUUUGGAUAACAUGAAAACGAACUUCCUUAUUACUACUGACAACCAUUUUGCUGAAAUGCAUAACUUUUAUCCGUGUGCGUGUUGUUCCGGAAAUGUAAUCGACCUAUGAUAAUUUUUUAAACUACCUACAUUACUUUGUAGCUUACCUAAUAUAUGUUUAAGUACUUUGUAUAUGUGUGAAAUAUCGCAAAAAUAAAUUAAAAAACAAAAGGCUAUCUUAAAAAAGUGAAAAAAAGA